AUGGAGAACAAGAAGCAAGUGGCUGCCUCUUCAUCUUCAACUUCGGAUCUUCUUUUUGGUCCCAUGGACUCAAAUUCAGCGUCUUCAACAUCCACCACUGGAUAUUUUGGCUCUAUUUUCCCACAACUGGUUGUGGAAAGAGAGAAAAAUCAGGAUGUUGGGCCUGGAAAAGUUGGGAAUCCAGUUAAUGCUUCUGUAAAUGGCAUGAAUGGAACUGGUGGUGCAAAUGGGAAAGGUGAAAGCUCCAUCUAUCUGAACGAAACUAUGGAACCAAGUUACUUUAGUUCCUCCAUCUUUUACGGUGGCCAAGAAAACUACUCCCCAAGAACUAAACUCUCAGAAUCUCACCAUAAUUUUAAGAAAGAAGAGGACAAUGAUGCAAUUGGAAGCAAUUCAAACUCUGCUUCAAGAGGAAACUGGUUCUCUUUAUUACUGACACCCCCAUCAUCGUGGGAUUUCCAGCUGCAUAGGGCUUGA